AAAGCAGUUAAUAGCCUCAUCCCUCUAAACUUAUAAUCCCUCCUAACUCCCUCAUAGGACUUAGGUGAGGGAAAGAUCAGGCGGCGAUGGCGUGCUGCUCGCCGCUGGCCGAGACAUGGGGACGAACAGGGUAUUUUAUUGUGAUUGAUGACAUGAGGGAAGAACUGUGGUGUGAUACAGAGCAUGCUUUCCCUGCGGACGACGGUGUCAGCAGCAGGAUAGUGGUGACCACGAAUAUCCAGUCCAUAGCUAAUGCAUGCAGCACUGCAGAAGGUUAUGUGUACAAAAUGGGAAAACUCAACACUGAAUAUUCAAAAGGUUUGUUCUUCCAAAGUGCUUCUAUUGAGGAUUGAUCACCAGACAUGGAGAGAGGUUCAGAACAACUUCGGAAGAAAUGCGAUGGUCUACCUCUAGCUCUGAUCUGCGUAGGCCAGUUCUUGCUGUCAGAAGGUACAGUAACAGGGCCCACUUGCAGUGAUGUAUGCAGCAACCUUGGUCACCAUCUGGAAAACAAGAGCAACAGCAAUGCCCUGGCAAGAAUGCAAAGGGUACUAACCAGGAGCUACACCUGCCUGUCUGGUGAUGCUGCCAAAGCAUGCCUGCUAUAUCUUGGCAUGUUUCCAGGUAACCAUUCGAUCAGGAGGAAGAGGUUGUUGAGGCGAUGGUUGGCUGAAGGGCUUGUCAAGAGACAGCCUCACCCCCGGCUCGGUGACAGUGCAGUCGAGAGCUUCAAGAUGCUCAUGGACCAGAAUAUCGUCCAGCCCGUCGAUGUGAGCAACAACGAAGGGGUGAAGACAUGCCAACUGCCUGGGAUGAUGCUCGAGUUCAUCAUGCACAGGUCCAUAUCAGAGGGUUUCAUCACCAUAUUCCGCGGCGAGGAUGAGAUGCUCCUGCUGCCUGAUCAGUACGCCGUCCGUUGUCUCUCUGUCCAAUGUCGUAGCACCGCUGCUGCAAAUAUCGGACUUGAGAGAAAUGAUCUCUCUCUUCUCCGGUCUCUCACGGUCUCUGGUGAAGUAUGCCAAGAUUUUUUGGACUUCAAGGAGUACAAACUGCUGCAAGUCUUGGAUCUGGAAGAAUGUGACGGCUUGAUGGAUGGCCAUCUCGAUGGCAUAUGCAAGCUGUUACUGCUCAAGUAUCUGAGCAUUGGGGGAGCUGUUACCACACUUCCAAAGAUGAUUGGUAGACUAAAAUUUUUGGAGACAUUUGAUGUCAGGAGAACUAAGGUAGAGGUGGUGAUAAUGCCAGCCGAAGUACUCGUGCUUCCUAAAUUAGUUCAUCUCUUUGGAAAGUUUGAACUUUCAGGCAGUGUAUCAAACAAAAUACAACAAAUUAUCAAGUCUGGAAAGAGCAACCUGCAAAUUCUGUCAGGAUUUGUUGCUGGCAGUAACCAUGGUUUUGUGCAACUGAUGUGCCAUAUGAAGAACCUGAGAAAAGUCAAGAUAUGGUGCAAAUCUGCAACAAAAAGAAACAAGUCUAUUUCCCUUUCAAGUGCCAUUCAGAAGUUCAUAGAGAACGGCAAUGAUCCAAAUGAUGCGCGUUCUCUGUCAGUGGAUUUCAGUGAAUGCUCCGAAGACAUCCUGCAAAUUUCUCCUCGAGGAGAUUGCAACCUUAGGUCCCUGAAACUCUACGGCGAACUGCAAAAAAUCCCCAAGUUUUUCGCUUCGCUAUUAGCUCUCAGAGAAUUGUACCUUUCAUCAACUACUAUCCGAGGGGAUGUCCUAACAGCCCUGAGUGAGUUAAGAUACUUGGUUUAUCUCAAACUUAUCGCAGAAAACCUUGAGGAUUUUAUGAUAAAAUAUGGGGCAUUCCAAAGCCUGCAAAGGCUAUGCUUUGUGAUUCAACGUCUGACUCUUCCUGGAAUCCAGGAGGGAGCUCUGCCACAGCUUGUCUCCCUCCAAUUGAUCUAUGAAAAUCUUGCUAAUGUUUGUUUGAUCAACAUUGGAGGCAUCAAACGUCUUAAAGAAGUGAUGCUUGAUUCUAAGAUGAAUGUAGAAUCAAAAGAAUAUUGGGAAGGCGCAGCAAAGAAGCACCCCAACAGGCCCAAAGUUUUGUGCAUUUAAACGGAGAGCAAGGCUAGAUAAGGUUUUGUUGCAUUUUGAAAAGAUAAUACGAGCUAAGUUAUAAGCAAGGAUGAGACAGUCUGUUGUUAUAGAAGAAAUGGGGAGGGGAAUGUUUGUUGCAGACUUGCAGUAGUUGCCAAUUUCCAACUGGGUGCAGUAUCCUGCCUUCAAGUAAAUAAAUACAUAUAUGUACUAUUUAGAGGGGAGCGUAUCCUAUACACACAAGCCCUCGCGUGUACACACCGUGUACACCAACUAAAAAUUAUCACAAAAAAUUCU